GUACACAAUAAUUGUCUGUGAGUGUGUAUCAGCACGCCCCGGACGCGAGACUGGCCUGCGCUCACUACAGGCUUCGAUAUGCAUACCCUCUGCUCCUCACACCUAGUCUGCCACCUAUCGGUCUCUUCGCCUGGGCGUAUUGAAAUUUUGGAUUCAUCUCCGGUCUCAGCCUCGAGGUAAGUGACUCACGACAUGACUCCGUACGCUCGUAGCGCGCAAUCGCGGGCAGGCAACCUCUCGGCGCUCUCGCCCCAGCUCCCGAGCGUAUCUUCCACUCUGCCUCGAUGCGGUGACAGCGGGCGCGAUGCGCGCGCUCUCGAAGAUGAUAUCCUGCGAGCUGAACUGCUCAUAUCAGGGGCGGAAGUAUCGUCGGUAAAGUUCCCGAGGGUCGGCAAGGUCGAAAACGACGAAGACAACGCUGAACGAGGCGCGCCUCUGGCGCGCGCACUUUCCAGCACUUCAAGGCCUUCCCAAUGGAGCAACAGCCUGAUCGCGCACAACUCAACCACCACCUCGAAUUUCCUGGCGCUUUUUCGCGGGCACCCCGGCUUUGUGACGCGUCACCGGUCACUUUACUUAUGUUUUCUUGUUGCUUUGCUGCUCUCUUGCGAACGCUGGGCUGAACAGGCGUCGAAGGAGACACCCUUUGCGCUAGAGAACGCGGCCGGCAAAGCUCAGCGGGCAGCUCCUGCAUCCCCGACUCCGCUGCUCACUAACGCCACCCCCUGACUGCGGAGGUCGUCCGGUACGUGUAUUCGACGCGAUGCGGGCGCUCAUCGCAACGCAAGACUGGCAGAACGUAUGCCGCCCCGGGGAG